AUGCUUCCUCUAGCUGCCCUUCAGCUUGUUCCAGCUUCGUUGCUUUUAUUUAUCGCUACAGCUCCGACCGUCACACAAGCCCUCGAUAACCCUUGGCCAUUUGGCCUUCGACCUUUCUUGACGACCAAUUCUGGGCAUGAAUCUUUGAAAAGAAGAGAUGGAAUCGCAAUCACACCUCACGCGACUCGGGUCCCGAUUGCGGUGCGCAAAAUGAGUGGCGACCAGGGAGAAAUGUUCUUUGCUGAGUACUGGCAAUUCGAAGCAGAGACCGACAGCGAGUCGAAGCUUGCGCUGGAAAGAAGGAGACCUAUACCACGCUCUUUGGGACCUCUGGAAGAUGAACCAACCGUCAAGGAUUGGGUCAACGCAUCCGUACCACAACCACUGCAAGCUCCCUUCUCUCUCCAUACCAGUCACCAACUCAACUCCCGGCCUCUCUUUAGCCGUCUGCUUCGAUCCCCUAGGGCUAUCUUCGCCCUCGAUACUCGCGCUUUUGCUUGUCCUGGCGGUACUUCUGACUGUUCCUCGAUUAAUCGCCCGUAUAGCUGUUGUGCAGCGGGCCUAGUUUGUCAGCUCACAACGGACUCAGGACUGGGAGACGUGGGCUGCUGUAAUCCUGGAGAAGUCUGCGGAGAGGAGGUGUCGGGUUGCCCCGAAGAAGAUUCCGUCUGUCCCGACAGCUUAGGGGGUGGGUGUUGCAUCCCAGGUAGCGUUUGCGAUGGUGUUGGUUGCGUUGUUGGCACUACAUUGACCUCAACAAUCGAGCCUACUGUAACCGAGUCUCCCGCAAGCUCUUCUAUAUCCUCUACGUCCAGCUCCUCAACCACGCCUGAUCUCAUUCCCGCCGUCCCUCUAACGUCCACGUCCACCUCUACGGCUACAACCUCGACCACCUCAACCGUGACCGCUUCUCCCUCUCAUUCGUCCUCUAUCUCCACGACGCAGUCUACUAGCUCCCCUGCCGCAGCAAUCCGUCCAACCUCAUCUGCCGAUCCUACCACGACGACAACAGCCUCCGCCGUGACGGUCACGACUUCCCAAUGUCCAACAGGUUAUUUUCAAUGCAGCGCCUACUAUCACGCCGGCUGUUGCCAAGUCGGUCGAGACUGCAGCCUAACCUCGUGCCCACUCCCUUCCUCAACACUUGCUGUGAAUAGUGACGGCGUCACAGUAGCAGUGCCCAGCGGCACUGGUGGAGCAGCGGUGGGGUUAGGAGCCAGUGGAUGUGCCCAGGGGUGGUUCUCCUGCGCGGGCGGGCAAGGUGGUGGGUGUUGUCCUAGCGGCUAUGCUUGUGGGACGAGUUGUACGGCUACAGGAGUUGUCGUGCAGGGUGGCGCGACUGGAACUGCCAAGGUCGCAAAGGAUAAUGGUGCAGAAAGAGCAGAUGUGAGGAGCUGGAUGGCUAUUGGGGUCCUUGGUCUGGUAGCAUUGAUCGUGUCAUAA